CUGGCGCGAGGGGUUUGCCAGCGGCAAGCGAUCUUGGACCAGGGGCUGGUUGAUUUUGGAUCGUGAGGCAAUUGAAAAUUUCACGCCGGACGAUCGGCGGUGAUCUGGCUAUCGUACGGCGGUUGCUGCUCUGAUCCGGUAUAUGAGUUGAGGCAACUCGAGUCCAGUGAUGGCGGACUUACCAGGUUACGUGCGUUCUUGCUUGCAAACUGGUCACCUUGCUAUGCUGGCUAUUCUCGUUUCUGGGGGAAUUGUGCUCCAAGUCCUGGCGUGUGCUCUGUACAAUAAUUGGUGGCCGAUGCUAACUGUUGUGAUGUAUGUGAUUCUUCCAAUGCCAUUGCUGUUCUUUGCUGGCUCAGAAUCCAUCUUUCAAGAAUCUGAUAGCAGCUGGGUGAACGCAAGCAAGUUUUUCACAGGAGCAUCUACAGUAGGAAGCAUUGCCAUACCUGCAAUCUUGAAACAUGCUGGCAUUAUUGGGUGGGGAGCACUGGCAAUGGAACUUUCGUCAUUUUUCAUAUUUGUGAUAGCCAUAAUGUGUUACAUGAGCAUGUAUGAUGAAGAUGGUUAUAGUAGUAUGAUUUAACUUGAUUGGUGUGCAGAAAGUGCUGAUUCCAAGCCUGUUACGGCUCCAUCGUACUCGUUAAGGUGUGGCUAUAAUAUUGUUUCUUCUGUUUUUUUU